CCCGAGACGACUUUCUUGCAUCGUAUUUCGCCCUUUCGCCUUUCGUGCCUCCUACUAUUUUGCGAAUUAGUCAGCUGAUCUCGCUCCGCUUCAGCUACUAAAUCGUUCCGAGUCGUUCGUCGACUGACUUCCUUCUUCAGUAACAGCUUCUUCGCUGAACCGAGCGUCACUGACGCCAGUGAAGUUUACUGAAGCUGCUGGCAGCCGCCGCCGUAGAAAUUCGCACCUCAGCGCGAGAGCAUCAUCAUCUACGAUCUUCGUCACGCGACGCGUAGCGCUCUCCUUUUUUGCUCGAGGUCUAUCACCCUCGGUACUAUCUCACCACCAUGCUGCAUAUUCCGGCCUCGCAUUCGCAUCACGCGGCGCCGACCGGGAGCCAUCAGCACCACCACCACGCGAAGAAAUCAUGGAUUCGGCACAAGCCGCCGGCUCUCGAGUCCUUCCCGGCGUCCUUCGAUUCGUCUACUGCUUCCGGGGGACCUCCAACGCUCGUUUCUGUUUCUGGGAAUCCUAGCAUGGGAGGCGGCGCCGCCAUGGGAGGUGGCGGCCCCAUGGGAGGUGGCGGCCCCAUGGGAGCUAUCUCCCCUCCCAUGUUGAGCUUCGGCCAUCUCCUCUCCUACCCGCUGGUCGAACCGCCGUACGAUCCCUCGACUCCGCCGCGGUCCGUUUCUGCGACCGGCGGAGCGCCGUCCGUUCCCCACCGUCCGAUUCGCGUGCAUCUCUUCACGGACGAUCUGAGCCGCGAAUACGGCUCGCAUGUGCGACAGGCGCCGUCGCCUGGUUGCUGUGCGCCUGCGACAUUUCGUAGCGACGGGUGUUGCGACGGAGCGAGCGACGCUUUCGCGAAUCCGUCGCCGCGGCGCAAGUCUCCGCGGCCGAUUAUCGACAUCAAUCACCCGCCGUCGUCGUCUUACGAAUCGGCGUCACAGGAAUUCUCCCAAGCCCCCGCGACUCCCGCGGCUAGCGGCGCGAAGCCGAUCACCUGCCAUGGCGUCAACAUGUUCUUCCCUCGCGACGGCGACGUCGCAGAGCCGUCGCACGGCCUCGCUUCUGCGACAGCCGCGCGCACGCACCCUCCCCCUGUCCCUGCCUUCUCGUCCCGCCCCCAUCACCCGAUCUCCCGCGAGCGAGCCGCUGCACAUCGACCUAUGGAAAACGCCCACGUCAGCGCCGUCGGGAACCGCUGGCAGUCGCUUGAGCGAAUCGCUACUAACUACGACCAUGCUAAUGCCGUUUCUGGCCCGCAGUCCCCGGCUCCUAAAGCCGUGCUGCCACACAGCCUUCGCCAUAGUGCCCCUACAGCCCGCGGCCGGAUGUCAGGCCUUGACAUGUGCACCGAGUCGUCUGUCACAAUGCACGGAGAGGUGACUGGAGGCGAGACGGGAGGCGAUGACACGCAGGACCGCUGGGAGUACAGCGAAGGAAACGACGCUGCUGCUGCUGGUGCUGCUGCUGCUGGUGCUGCUGCGGUGCAGAGUGACGGAAUCGUCAAGACCUGCGUUCACUGCGGCACGUCCAAAACGCCGCUCUGGAGAAAUGGCCCACCCGGACCCAAGUCGCUGUGCAAUGCGUGCGGCAUUCGCUUCAACAAGAUCCGCAGUGGCAAGCGCAAGGCGUCCCCCCAGGAGGCAGCCAUGCUGCGCGAAUACGAAGCCAUCAACCCGGCCUUCUCCCAGCCUCUGCCCCACUCGCCUCUCCACAAGGCGCGCUCCAAGCUGCCUCGCCCUUACACCGGCCCCUUGUACGGGCCCGCGCCAUGCUCAAACGGCCUCCCGUCGCCUGCCACCAGCGGCAGCAACAGCGACUGCGACAGCGAGGAUGGCAGCCCGCGGUCUCCUCUUGCCAUGCUGCAGAAGAGCAUGUUUUGUGGCCUUCCAGCCUCGUCCCACACGACACCUGCUCCUGUGGCUGCUGCUGUCGCUGCCCCUGCUGCUGCCCUUGCUGCUGCUGCUUCUUCUGCUGCUGUUGCUGCCCCCAUGUGUUUGCUGGAGGAGUAUCGCCCGUUCAAGAAGCUCCGCAGGAGCUCUCCCCUCGCUCCUGUGGACGCACAAAAGGAUCGCAGCAGAGAUGCUGCUGACAGCACAGGCACGAGCUGCGUUAGCCUUCAGGGAACAGCCCCAGCCUCCCCCACAGGAGCCACGGUUGUAGCUGACGACAGGUGCUACAUCCCUGGUCUUAUGGACCUGAAUGAAGCCAGCCCAGCAGCAGAGGAAGUGCCAGAGGAAGGGCAAGUGUGUGAGGACUUGAGAAGGGAGGGGGUUGAAGAGAAGCUGUGUGCACUGCUUGAGAAGGAGCAAGGGGGAAGGAAAGCGAGUGACGAUGAUGUGGUGCUUGGAGCAGAACUUCUUGUGUCACUUUUUGGCAGCGGCCUGAUGUAAAUGCUGUGCAUGUCUCAAGAAAAGUGAUGUGUUUUUGUGGCUGCUGUCUUGACUAUGUACAAAUCAUACUUGUAUAGUUGCUUU